CAUUCUGUCUUGCUCUCCUUCAUCUCAUUGUUUCAGAUUAGGACAAAUUUGAAGUCCUUUCCAGGGAGUGGCCUGUUCGUCUUACUCUCCAGCCAAAGUAGAAACAGCGUGAGAAGGAGACACACUCAGCAGCCAAAGGACUUGGUGGAAAGAGCAGAGGAUCCUGGACAACAUGCUGCUCUCGGGACCUGCGAUGCUGCUGCUGCUCACUGCUCUCAUCAUCCCCUCUGACUGGACACCACUAGGGGCCAAUGGCCAACGAGGAGAUGAUGAUGUGACUCCAGAGCCAUUCACAGAAGAUCCUAAUCUGGUGAAUGAUCCGGCUACAGAUGAAACAGUUCUGGCUGAUAUCGAAGAUGACCUGGCUUCAUCCAAUGACAGAAAUACCACCGCAGAGUGCCGAGAUGAGAAAUUUGCUUGCACAAGACUCUAUUCUGUGCAUCGGCCAAUUAAGCAAUGCAUUCAUCAUCAAUUAUGUUUCACCAGUUUACGACGGAUGUACAUCAUCAACAACGAGAUCUGCUCCCGUCUUGUCUGUAAAGAACAUGAAGCUAUGAAAGAUGAAAUUUGUCGUCAGAUGGCUGGUCUGCCCCCAAGGCGACUUCGGCGCUCCAACUAUUUCCGGCUUCCUCCCUGUGAAAAUGUGGAUUUGCAGAGACCAGGUGGUCUGUGAUUACCCAGCAGGAGUAAAGGAAACACAUGAAUGGGAGGAGAGAAUGCCGGAGACUGGGGAGUGCUUUAUCCAACCAUUGCCAGCUAACCCAUAGACAUUAGGAUUUCUUAAACCAGUCCCUUUGCGGUGCCUAGCUUUUGCCCCUACUCCCUGAUUUUUCACUAGACUGAUAAAAUUUCACUUUUUAGUACUUCAAAUACAAAGUCUAUUAUUGCAUUAUUUACCCUCUUCCCAAUAUCAUAAAUAUAGUAGAUAAUUGACAACCGUGUGGCUUAUAUGCAAACAUUCUACAUAUAAUUUCAACUUCAGGUAGAAGCUGUGAUUGUGUUUUGACUAGCCAUAGGAUUUCAUUUAUUUUCCUUGCAAGAGUUUCCUAGAUUUAACUCACCCUUCAUCUACAUACAAUUAUUUGGCCGGAUUGAGCUAAUAAUUAUCUGGCAAAUAUUCCUUAUGGAUCAUGCAAUUUUUUAGUCCUAGAAAAAUUCUGCACAGCCAAUUCUUCUAAUAAUACAUUAAGACCCAAAGUGUUUUCUGAGGAUAAACAAAAAGAAUGAAUUUGGGACUCAUACUUCCCAAUUUGAUUUUUCAGGAAGGACUGGAAAUAAGUUUCAAUUACUUUCUCACCUAUGGUAGUAUUGGAGUUAUACCACCUCCACAAGAUAAUUGUGAAACCAAAUCAUUGGCCUGAGUUUCCUUGAGUUGGUGCUGUUUCAUUCUAGCCACUUAGCAAAAUAUGUAAGGAUUUUCACUAUUAGAUCCCGGUUUGGGAUAUUGCCAGAAAUUUUUCUGUCCCCUUCAGGCCCCAAUACCAGUUAGUUUCAUGCUUUACUCUCAUUUCUCUUUUGCACAAGGAAAUUCCUGUAUUGUGCCCAUCUUUCAUACUUCCAUUCUCUCCUUUAAAAAAAAAAAAAAAAAGCCACAUUUCUAACAUGCAUUCAGUCCUUUUCUCACAGAAAAGUCUUAAUACCCCCAUAACUUUCCCUUAAUUCCAGGUCAGAUUUUCAGGGGGUAGGAGGACCUCCCUGGUGGCACAAGGGGUUGAAUCACAGCACUAUGUAGCUCUCCGCAGCCACUGCAGUUCGAUCCCCAGCCAGGGAGCUACCCACAUGGUGCAGCAGAACUCUCCUGCCUCGCCCGCUGCUCCCCUCAGCAGUGUUUUCAGUCAAUCCACCUGUUCUGUUCCACACUCUAUCUCUGGUGAAUCUUCUCAGCCCCCGCACCUCUGGCCUAUACCCCAGAGUUCUUGA